AUGGCUCUCGCGAGGCAGCUGAUCUCUGCAAUUCCGGUGCUGCUGCUGUGGCUGUUGGCUGCGGCUGCUGCCGUUUCUUCUGUGGCGGACUACGACUAUCACUUUCCCGACGUCCAAGAUUAUGAAGGAUUGCCAAUCUACGAGAAAUCGCUCCCGUCGUAUGGAGGUGAAGUGACGGCGUCGCUCCUCAUCGCUGUUGAAGGAGUUGUUUCUUGUAAAAAUGGCACUAAAUACCAUCCUCUUAAAGGUAUUGUAGCAAGAAUCACAUGUAUGGCUUUGAAUGAAAAUGGCAAAGAAAUGGCUCCUUUUUCAUUCUCAAGCCUCCCAAGUGAUGACCAUGGCUAUUUCUUAGCCACAUUGUCACCUUCCAAGCUCAAAGGCAAAGCCAAAGUGACACAAUGCAAAGCCUUCCUUCCUCCUUAUUCCCCAUGUGAGGACUGCAAAUACCUUACCAACGUUAACAAUGGCGUUAUCGGUGCUCUCUUUCGUUCUUUUCGCAUUCUCACACACAAGAAGAUGAAGUUGUACUCUCUUGGAUCUUUCUUCUAUUCCUCACAACCAACUAUAGUGCCUUAG